ACAAGCUCUUCUUCGGGAAGCAACACCGUCAGAUCGCAACAGGUCAAGCAAGAGAUCCAAGACCAGAUCACCCAAGAGUUGGCAGUUGCAAACGCAUCGGAGUUGGUCAACAAGAUCACCGAAAACUGCUUCCAGAAAUGUAUUGCCCAGCCCUCCAGCGCCUUGACCGGUGCCGAGGACUACUGCGUGAACCAAUGCUUGGAGAAGUACAUGAGAUCGUGGAACGUCAUUUCCAAGGCAUACAUCACCAGAAUCCAGCAAUCCUCCAAUAACUAG